CAGGAGUGGGGGUUGCUUCCGGGUCGCGCUCCCGGAAACAGGAAGUUGCCCAUGCUCCUCGCCCGGCGGCAGCUGUCCCCGAGGCGGGAGGAGCCCGAGGGGGCGCGAGCCCCGCAUGCAGAGACCCAGAAGGAAUUGUGGAGAACAUCUCAUCGGAUCUCUCAGUUGUCUCCUCCUAUUUCUGAAGUACUCCAGAAGUGAAACAACUCCCUGGCUUACCUCCCACAGGCCUCUCUUGGAAGCAAGGUCUAUGGCACUGUUAGAAUCAGGCUAACUCUUCAGAACCUCCCCCUGUGGCAAAGCUCACUCUGGCCAGAGUUGGAACUACUUUCUGCAGGAAUCAUUGUAGUCAAUCAUUUUCCAGUUCUCAGCCGCUCAGUUGUGAUCAAGGGACACGUGGUUUCCGAACUGCCAGCUCAGAAUAGGAAAAUAACUUGGGAUUUUAUAUUGGAAGACAUGGAUCUUGCUGCCAACGAGAUCAGCAUUUAUGACAAACUUUCAGAGACUGUUGAUUUGGUGAGACAGACCGGCCAUCAGUGUGGCAUGUCAGAGAAGGCAAUUGAAAAAUUUAUCAGACAGCUGCUGGAAAAGAAUGAACCUCAGAGGCCCCCGCCCCAGUAUCCUCUCCUUAUAGUUGUGUAUAAGGUUCUCGCAACCUUGGGAUUAAUCUUGCUCACUGCCUACUUUGUGAUUCAACCUUUCAGCCCAUUAGCACCUGAGCCAGUGCUUUCUGGAGCUCACACCUGGCGCUCACUCAUCCAUCACAUUAGGCUGAUGUCCUUGCCCAUUGCCAAGAAGUACAUGUCAGAAAAUAAGGGAGUUCCUCUGCAUGUGGGUGAUGAAGACAGACCCUUUCCAGACUUUGACCCCUGGUGGACAAACGACUGUGAGCAGAAUGAGUCAGAGCCCAUUCCUGCCAACUGCACUGGCUGUGCCCAGAAACACCUGAAGGUGAUGCUCCUGGAAGACGCCCCAAGGAAAUUUGAGAGGCUCCAUCCACUGGUGAUCAAGACGGGAAAGCCCCUGUUGUCGGAGGAGAUUCAGCACUUUUUGUGCCAGUACCCUGAGGCGACAGAAGGCUUCUCUGAAGGGUUUUUCGCCAAGUGGUGGCGCUGCUUUCCUGAACGGUGGUUCCCAUUUCCUUAUCCAUGGAGAAGACCUCUGAACAGAUCACAAAUAUUACGUGAGCUUUUUCCUGUUUUCACUCACCUGCCAUUUCCAAAAGAUGCCUCUUUAAACAAGUGCUUCUUUCUUCACCCGGAACCUGUUGUGGGGAGUAAGAUGCAUAAGAUGCCUGACCUAUUUAUCAUUGGCAGCGGUGAGGCCAUGUUGCAGCUCAUCCCUCCCUUCCAGUGCCGAAGACAUUGUCAAUCUGUGGCCAUGCCAAUAGAGCCAGGGGAUAUCGGCUAUGUCGACACCACCCACUGGAAGGUCUACAUUAUAGCCAGAGGGGUCCAGCCUUUGGUCAUCUGCGAUGGAACCGCUUUCUCGGAACUGUAGGAAAUAGAACUGUGCACAGGAACAGCUUCCAGAGCCGAAAACCAGGUUGAAAGGGGAAAAAUAAAAACAAAAAUGAUGAAACUGCUUUCUAGGGGUUGGUUACUUAGUUACCUGCCCUUUGCAUGCAUGUGUGAACCAGCUGUGAGCUGCAAGGCAGUGGCCAGAGCCUCGCCCUCCUGACUCUUCCUGCAGAUGGCUCAGGAAGGAUUCAGCCUGGCCACUUGGCUAGGACUCUGCCAGCACCCAUCUGAGACUGACCUCUUCCGGGCCUUUGGGCACUAUGACCCUGAUGCUGCCCUUCAGGCAGGAGACAGGGCUGGUGCCUUCCUUCACCUGCAUGGCCAGCUUCCUUCCCUGGCAGUGGAGAGGGCAGCCAACAGGUUCUAAUGUCAGAGCCAUCCUUUACCAGGUGGGCCUGCUUGUCCCCGUCUUCCCUGCCACAUCACUCUACUUUUUGGAAGGCCAUGGCUGAUUAAAGAAGUUCUUGUAGUUUCCCAAGCAAAGUGGAAUCUAGAACCAGUGAAAAAAGUUCAGAUAACCUUGAAUUGCAUUCAAGAAGUACACUUCUUUCCCAUUGUCCAUGGCUCUUGGAGUCUCUGUGAUGCCAGGCUAGAGUCUGAUUAUAUAAUAAUUCAAAAUGGUAACUCCCAAGGCAAUGCUUUCUUCCAUUUCAUCAGGUUCUUAUAUCCCCACUGCACUCCCUCCCCUUCUCCCUUGCCUAUCUGGAUGGCUUCUCAGAAGCUCGGCCCUAGUCCUCCCUGCCUUGGCGGGGCCAGAGCCCACUACUGCUGAGGCAGCACUGCUCUCGUCAGCUGUGUUGCCUUUACCAAGUGUCUUCAGAGGGUAAUGAGUUAGAGUAGCUGGCCUGGGGAAAGGGUGCCUCCCUGGGUUUGAUCUUUAGGGUCUGACUUUCUGCAGAGGAGAUGUUUUACAGAUGUGUCAAAGCUGAUGUAAUGUGGUUGGGGGAGGAAAUCCAGACCCAAAGUGUUUGUCAGCUGGGUGUGCAACUGCCUAUGUGAUCCUCUGUCUGAAAAUGAUUUCUGUCUGUGCUGGGAAACAAAGACAAGGUGAGGUGUUUUUCUUUUUUGUAAUAAUAUAAAGCUGUGUGUUUCUGA